AUGUCACCAAACGCUACGGAACUCGGCGUGAUCGAGGCGAAUUUUCAGAAUGGGCAUAAAAAUGAUAAAGGAAAUUCUCGUGGCUCUGAAGAACCAUUGGCGCUUAAGGUCAUACGAUCAGUAAUGACUCUGUUCACCCACAUUUUUAUAGGUAUUGUGGUCGGAAAUGUUCUUAAAUUUGCUUUCCGAAAUGGUACUCCUUUGUCCGCAACUAAUCUACAUUUGACGCUUUGUGUCAUUGGGUAUCAUUUUCUGAUGGCCGAAGCAAUUUUAUCUCUAUCACCUGACAGUUGGGUUUCAUCUCUGAAACUACGACACAAGAAGAUCGUUCAUUUGACAAUGCAAAUAAUUGGCUCUUUACUGGCUAUACAUCUUUUAUCAACUGUAGUAAGCCAUUUACCAUUAAAUAUUACUAAGUACAGUAUUUAUACAUUGUCAGGGCAGUCGCCCAUACAAAACUUUACCAUGUCUUUUCAUUUGAAAAUGCUAAACUGA